AUAUCUAAACAUUGCACUUGGAUUAUCAUUCCGUUAUCAGUUUAUCAUAAAUAAAAGUACAGUGUGCUCACUUUUGAGAUCCGUGUUCAAUGUUCAUGACAUAUGAUAAUAUUAACAGCGAUAUAUUGUAUCGGUUUAGAGUGAUUCAUUGCCGAAGUACCCAAUAUUUUCUUUCAUAAUUUUUUUAAAUUUUAUUUAUCACAAUUUUAUACAAACCAUUUUAAUAUGGUGUCCUUUGAGUUCUUACGGAAAGUUCUGAAUCCUGUGUUCCCAUGCAACAUGCUGUUGCGAGGGUAUUCAUUGUGUGUUCUGAUGGUGGAUGUUGUGUGGGUGUUGGUGAAUGCCACAUAUGCUGUAAUAAAGGCAGUUCAUGAGGUUUUUAAACCUCCACCAAUGAAAUCUGUUGAUAAUGAAAAGGCCAUGGUGAUUGGUUCUGGAAGAGGUAUUGGUCGUGAUUUAGCCAUACAACUAUCAUAUCUUGGAGCAACAGUUAUAUGUGUGGAUAUCAACGAAAUAAAUAAUAGUAAGACUGUAGCUUACAUUAAACGGAAAGGUGGAGAUGCCUUUAUGUACACAUGCGAUAUCACGAAGAAAGAGAAUGUUGAUGAUCUAGCACAAAAAGUGAAGACUGAGUUAGGUUUUGUUAGCAUGUUGUUCUAUUGCUGUGGCAUCCCGAGCCCUAGAUCAUUACUGAUGGCACCCAAUGAAGAUAUUCAUGGAACAUUAGAUCUGACUUUAACGUCUUACUUUUGGCUCAUCGAUAACUUUCUGCCAGAAAUGAAAGCGAGGAAUCAUGGUCAUAUAGUAGCCCUGACUUCGGUAGCUGGACUCAGUUAUAUCAAAGAUCAGAUGCCACUCUGUGUAGCACAGUUUGCUGUUCAGGGUCUGGCUGAAUCUCUAAUGGAGGACCUAAGGAUCAAUAAAAUUAAUGGUGUUCAUGUCACAUUGACACACAUCUAUCCAUUCAUUGUAGAGGAUAACUCUGAGUUUAAUUUAAAAAUUUCUAGUUAUUUCGGCACUAUUACUCCAGCAAAGGCAGCCAGCUCUGUUCUAGAGGGAGUUCUUCGAAAUUAUCCUGAGACUUCAGUACCUAAACAUUUUCUGUUUCUUGGUCAUGUAUUACGCAUUCUUCCCAGAAAAGCGACUGUGCUUGUUAGGGACCUCUUAGACACUGGUGUGGAUUUUGCUUGAUGUUUUAAAAGUUGUAUAAUAUAAAUUAAAUGUUUUAAUUUGUUGUAAUUUUUACGAAUAUACGGUUACCUGGUUAUAUCAAAACUUUGGUACACAACCUAUGUAGCAUUUUAAUCUUAAGUUAGUGAUAAUUCGUUAAUUUAGAUGUAGUGUUUGUAUGCUCAACUUACGAAUUUUUAAGAAUUUUAUAAAAGAAUAAAUAGUUAUGACUUA